UCACUAAUCCCCAGCCGACUCUCUAGCAGCGCAAAUCAUUCAUUGGUAUUGCUUCCCGGAGGAAAUGCCCACGUCUGCACUGGCGAGAAUACGGCAAUGCUACCCCGUCCAAGUCUGGGAUAGCUGAACAAGGAUGGCAGUUACGAAGCAACCGGGUUUAAUUUUUGAUCCAUUUUUUUAUUUGGUUGAAGUUCUGUUUUCAUAAUAACCCCAUAAUCUUAUUUGUAGGCUAUAUUUGCAGAUGAUCCACAUGGUAUCUUUAUGGACGUCUUACAGUUUUACUUAUAUCAUUUUCAAAGCGUCCGAAGAAGUUAAGAUCGAGUAGGGCAACGGUGACAGCUGGAAAUGUGUCGGAUAUAACAUCAUAUUUCCCCAUCAAAAGGCCAUCCCUCUUUGUUAUCAGAUGGUUAAGUGCCUCACUCUCCAGCUCCCUUAUGGAUGAUCCUGAGAAGGACCUCCAUUGAUCUCUUGGACGGGCUCAGCAAUUGAAAUGGAUCCAUCUUGCAGCUGCCCAACUGUAGCACAGACUCGGCAAAGCCUUUCCACUCUGAUGUUCGCCCUCGAUCAGCGGAGAGGGGGGAUGAUGAUCAAAACGGAAGCUUCUGGAAUGAUAACGCAAAGCCAUUCAGUUUGGGGGGGAAUGGCACUUACUCUGUAGGACUUCCAUGGGGACUUCCACCAACCCAUAGUGAUGCUUGCCACUCUUUUCCAUGUUCUCUUCUCCCCUUUCCGCUGUGAACAUUCAUGUAACACAUAUGGACGCACAUGUAACAUAUAUGCACGUUUAAGGACCUCUGGAUCUUUCUGGAUCUCUAUUUCUUGAGUUUCCCCCCGUCCACUGGGCCCAAGUGUGCGGACCCUCAUGCUGCACAUGGACCACGGCCAGGCCAACCAGUGCUGUUCGCUGUAACUCUUCUUGAGACUCAUUCCUGGCGGGGUGCGGGGUGCAAACCCAAUGGCAUGGGUGAAACUCUUCAAGAAGCAGGGUGGCAGUCUGGGAAAGACCUACCAGCCUGGCAGCAUGGUCUCCCUCGCCCUCACCAAGGGCCUACUCAACGAGCCCGGACAGAACAGCUGUUUCCUCAACAGCGCUGUACAGGUGUUAUGGCAACUCGACAUCUUCAGGAGAAGUCUGAGGCAGCUAUCAGGGCAUUUCUGUCUAGGGGAUGCCUGUAUAUUCUGUGCUCUUAAGAGUAUUUUCAGUCAGUUCCAGCAGAGUCGCGAGCGAGCGUUGCCGUCGGACACGCUACGCCACGCCCUGGCCGAGACAUUUAAGGACGAGCAGCGCUUUCAGCUGGGCCUGAUGGAUGAUGCCGCUGAGUGCUUUGAAAACAUUCUGGAGCGAAUCCAUCUUCACAUUGUGGCAAACACGGCCUCUGAGGUCUGCACUUCCAAGUCCUGCAUCACGCAUCAGAAGUUUGCCAUGACGUUGUACGAGCAGUUUGUAUGUCGAAGUUGCGGCGCCUCUUCCGAUCCUCUUCCUUUUACUGAGUUGGUGCAUUAUGUCUCGACGACAGCACUCUGCCAACAGGUGGAGAGAAUCUUGGAGAAGAGUGACAGACUGAGAGCAGACAUGUUUGGGGAACUCUUGCAGGCAGCGAACACUAUGGGUGACCUCCGCAACUGUCCUAGCAACUGUGGCCAAAGUAUCAAGAUCCGCCGUGUGCUCAUGAACUGCCCAGAAAUAGUGACCAUCGGGUUUGUGUGGGAUGCCGAGCAGUCUGACCUCACGGAAGAUGUCAUCAGGUCACUGGGUCCACACCUAAACCUCUCGGGGCUUUUCUACCGGGUCACGGAUGAGAAUGCGAAAAGGUGCGACCUUCACCUGGUGGGAAUGAUCUGCUACUCCAGUCGCCACUACUCUGCCUUCGCCUAUCAUAGCAAGUCUUCCAAAUGGGUAUUUUUCGAUGAUGCUACAGUGAAAGAGAUUGGAUCGAAGUGGAAAGAUGUAGCUUCCAAGUGCAUGCGGGGCCAUUACCAGCCCCUCCUGCUGUUCUAUGCCAACCCAGAUGGGAGUGCCGUCUCUAAUGAGGAUGCCCCGAGACAGACCACCAUGUGGUCACACUUUAAGUCUCCCAUCAACGGGGAAGUUUCAGUGACUGACGGUCCUCAUUCAGGGUCGAAGAAGCUUGACGGAGUAAGGGACAGUGCUCCUCUGCGCUCCGGACAGAGCUCCCAUAAGCCCACUCAGCAGUCCGCAUCUAACUCAGGCUACAGCAGACUCAGAACUGCUCCUGGUAGUCCGAGCCGAUUCCGAGAGUCUUCCAGGGAAAGUUUCCAGAGGGGAGGGGAGCUGCAGAAGAAGGAGGGGGAGAGGGCCCAUCGACGACCAGACUCUCUGCAGAACCGAGAUAUGACAUAUCCUAGGGCCACGUCACCCCCAGAGAAUGGCCUGCGGUCUCACCCAGAACAGCGGAUGCGUUCGUCUCAAGGCCGGGGCUCCGCGAGGCAGGACCGCUCCUCCCUCCACCCCCAGCGCUCCCCCCAGGAGCCGCGGCCUCAACCCCACCCCGCCCCCCCCAACGCUGCCGCUCGCCGCCCGGAGCCCCGUGAGACGGAGCCGCCGCACGAGCGCGGAGGAGGGGGACUGGGCAGUGGUGGUGGGGGCAGCGGAGGGGGAGGGGGGAAGGCGCGCAGCUCGUCCUGGCGACCGGUGCGCGAGGUCUUGAAUGUGGACAGCGUGCUGAGCGAGCUGGAGCGCCGGCAGCAGGACAGUCCGCGCUGCGCCCGCGCCUUGCCCCAGCAGCGGGCGGCGCCGCCCGAGCGCAAGCCGAAGGGCCUGAUGACCAUCUACGAGGACGAGGGCCGCCACGACAGCGAGAGCCGCAGCUCCCAGGACUCGCAGCACCGCGCCACGCACUCCAAGGACGGGGCCAACGCGUCCCUCCGCACCGAAAACUGGACCAUCCAGCGCACGGAGUCGGGCUACGAGAGCAGCGAUCGGCUGAGCAGCGGCUCCACCAACCCGGACUCGCCGGGCGUGGAGAACUUCGCUGGGAAGGAGCUGAAGCUGGCGCAGGACGCGCCUCAGCUCAGGGGUCAGGUUCACCACAGCAGAGGCGAGGUGAAGAAUGACCCCGCUCGCUCUCCACUCUACCAUAGUAAACAUCUGCUGAAAUCUCAGGGAAAGAAUUCAGAUCACCUGGUGAAAUGCAGUCCCAGUUCCAGAAGGAAGCUCAGAUAUUCUUCCAGCAGUUCAAAGAAAGGCAGCACGUCAGAAAGGGACCCCAUGCCCUGCAACUCUAGGCAUGAACCGGAGGAUUUGUCCCUCCGGGGCCACCGUUCAGACAGUCCGCCACCAAGACACUUGGGUAAAGUGAGCAGCUCCGAGUGCAACAGCUCGGACGACCUGACCAACCCGCUAUCGGAGCAGGAGGACAGCGCGUACCGCUCCAGCACCAGUGAGACGGCGCCGGCCGAGUCCCCCCGCCCCCCCCCGCGCCCCACAGCUCCCGGCCCCCCACGCCAGGAGCCCCCCCCGGAGACGCCCCCGACCCGUGCCAAACCGGCCACCGGAGCGGCCGCCACACGCCAGGGAGCGGACGCACGCACACCCGCGUUCCGGCCGCGCCUGCUGCAGGAGCCGUCCCAGACGAGCCCGCGGCCGUCCGCCCGCACCGCUGCCCCCUCCUCCUCCUCGUCCGCCUCCUCUGCCUGGAGAGCCGAGCCCAGCGGCGUCCGCACGCCCUCCUCCGACAUCAGCUCCAAGUCGGGCUCGGAUCAGGAGCGCAGCGACGGCGGCAGUGCUGGCGGCAGCGGCGGCUGUGCAGGGGAGGGGGGGGACAGAGGCCGGCGCGGCUCGGACCGCAGCAGUAGCAGCUCGGGUGCGGGCAGCGGUGGGGGUGCGGGCGGCCCACCGUCGGGGUUGGGGGUCGCGCUCACCACCUACUUCUCGGUGGACAACUGCAUGACGGACACGUACCGGCUCAAGUACCACCACCAGAGGCCGCUGCUGCUCUCUGUGGCCGAGCCCAGACUUGCGGGGAGAGGAGGAGGAGGAGGAGGAGGAGGUGGAGGAGGAGGAGGAGGAGAGCACCGGGACGUGGGACUCCCCGGCGAGACGCAGGGCGCCUCAGAGCACGGCCGGAGCAGAGCUGACCUGGGCUAUGCAAGCAGUAAGCCCACAGCAAAAUGGAACCCAGUGACUCCAAAAGGACUGGAUGAGCAUGGCUUUUUGUGAUGAAUGUUGCAGUAUUGGGUCUAAUAUGGAUGAGGAAUCUUGAGAUCUCUCCAGGGUCUAAUAUGGAUGGAAGCCAAAGAAAACGUGUGGGAAAUAGAUCCUAAAACCUCAGAUAAAAGGAACAUUGCCAAAUCAUAGACCUGGUUAUUGUGUACAUAUAAACAAACUAUGUAAGCCAUAAAUGUAGUGGAAGCUGAAUGAUCCCUCCUCUGUUCUCCUCUGGUGUGGGGUCAUUCCCUCAGACGUCCACCAGAGGUCAGUAUGCACCUUUACUUCUUGCACCUAUACUAUUCUCUUUGCUUGCUAACAUGGUUGGCCAAUUUCUAUGCUUUAACUCAAGUGGUACAAAUAAUGUAUGAAAAACCUUUGCAUAAGGCUCGCCUAAAAGAUGAGUCUUAGUAUUAUUUGUUCCCUCAAGCUUUACUGUUUUGUUGUAUUUUCUUUCAAUGUGGAGUUUGUACAUACUUGUCAGAUGUUUAUUUAUGGAGUGCCUUUUCAAGUUUUUUCAUGAAUAGAUAUGAUUCAUGAUUCAUGAACAAUGUUGUAAAAUGAUGUCCACUUAUAUAUUUUUGGAGAUGCC